UCUCUCCGCAGCCUCAAGCCCCGCCCCUGCGCUCCCAUUGGCCGCCGCCUCCAACAUGGCCGACCCCAUCAUGGACCUCUUCGACGACCCCAACCUCUUCGCCCUCGACCCAUUGGCCGACGACGCCUUCGGCCCCGCCCCGCCGCCCCCUCCCCAGCCAAUGGCGGACGACGCCCUGACCACGCCCCCUCCUCCCAUUGGCCAACCCAACGAGGACCCCUUAGCCCCGCCCCCCGACCCCCCGGAGCAGGAGCUGAUUGGCCAGCUCAACCCCUUCAUGGGCGCCACGGGGGCGGCCCCGCCUCCUCCGCCGCCAUCUUGCCCCAACCCCCCUAAGCUCCUCCUCCUGAAGCCCCACGUGGCCGCCGACGUCACCGGCCCCGCCCCUGACGUCAGCAGCCCCGCCCCUUCCUCCACCAAUGGCGGGGCCAAGGUGACCCUGGCCAAGGUCCUGGCUGGGGCUGCCCCAUUGAGAGCCGGGGUCUCCGUGGUGGGGGCGGGGCCCGGGGGCGGGGCCUCGGUGGCCACGCCCCCCACCGCCGUGCACCGAUUGGUCCAGGCCGCCCGGCCCGUCAAGCAAUUGGUGCUGCAGCCCGUCAAGGCCGGGGUGAGCGGCGGCAAAGGGGGAGGAGCCACAGCGGCGCCAGCGGCCAAUCAGGCCGAAUCCAAGCGCAUCACCCUGGUCCUGCAGCAGCCCCCCGGCGCCGCGGUGCCCGCCGGCCACCGCCACGUGGUGCUGGGCACCCUGCCCGGCAAACUGGUCCUGCAGGGCAGCCAAGUGAGCGCCGUGGGGCCGGCCAAGGGGGCCGCCGGCCCCCCAACCGCCGCCGCCACCACCACCAAGGUGGUCACCAUCCAGCUCCAGGUGCAGCACCCCGCCGGCGCCCACCAAGGGGGCGCCCCACAGAAGAUCCAGGUGCUGCAGGCGGCGCCCCCCGGCGGGCAAGGGGCGCCCGUCACCGUGUCCUCGGUGCCGCAGGUGGUGGCCGGCGGCGGGCAGAGGGUGACGGUGCCCCUCAAGGUGGUGCUGCAGCCGCAGACCACCGCCUCCCCGGGCGCCUCCUCCGGCCUCUCCGUGGUGAAGGUGCUGAGCACCCCGGAGCUCUCGUGCCCCCCGGGCGGCGGCAGCGCCGCGGCGCCGCGCGGCGCCACCGAGGAGAGCCGCAAGCUGGAGCACCAGAAGAAGCAGGAGAAAGCCAACCGCAUCGUGGCCGAGGCCAUCGCCCGCGCCCGGGCCCGCGGCGAGCAGAACAUCCCCCGCGUGCUCAACGAGGACGAGCUGCCCCACGUGCGGCCCGACGACGACGCCGAGCGCAAGCGGCGCCGCAAAGGGGACCGCGCCGCCGGCGGCGCCAAGGACGAGAGGAGCAGGAAGGGCAAAGGGCAAAGCGGGGCCAGGAGUAAAGGCAGGAGCAAACCCAGCACCAUCACGCCGGUGGUGGGGAAGAAGCGGAAGCGGAACGCGUCCUCGGACACCUCCGACGCCGAGGUCCUGCCCGCGCCCUCCCCGCGCCAGGAGGAGGAGCCCAGUGUCCAGAAGCGCCGCUCCAACCGGCAGGUGAAGCGCAAGAAGUACACGGAGGACCUGGACAUCAAGAUCACCGACGACGAGGAGGACGAGGAGCUCGACGUCACCGGCCCCACACGUCCCGAGCAGCCCCCGGCGCCGCCCCCCCCGGAGCCCGACGGCGACGCCCUGCCCUCCAUGCAGUUCUUUGUGGAGAACCCCAGUGAGGAGGACGCAGCCAUUGUGGACAAGGUGUUGUCUAUGAGGGUGGUCAAGAAAGAGCUUCCCUCGGGCCAGCUGGUGGAGUCGGAGGAGUUCUUCGUCAAGUACAAGAACUACUCCUACCUGCACUGUGAGUGGGCCACCAUUGCCCAGCUGGAGAAGGACAAGAGGAUCCACCAGAAGCUCAAGCGCUUCAAGACCAAGAUGAGCCAGAUGAGGCACUUCUUCCAGGAGGACGAAGAGCCCUUCAACCCCGACUACGUGGAGGUCGACCGCAUCCUGGACGAGUCCCACAGCGUGGACAAGGACAACGGGGAGCCCGUGGUCUAUUACCUGGUCAAGUGGUGCUCCCUGCCCUACGAGGACAGCACGUGGGAGCUGCAGGAGGACGUGGACGAAGCCAAGAUUGGGGAGUUCAAGCGCAUCCAGGCCCGCAACCCGGAGCUCAAACGCUUGCCCCGCCCCCAGGCCGGGUCGUGGCAGAAGCUGGAGCUGCGGCACGAGUACAAGAACCACAACCAACUGCGGGAGUACCAACUGGAAGGGGUCAACUGGCUGCUCUUCAACUGGUACAACCGGCAGAACUGCAUCCUGGCCGACGAGAUGGGCCUGGGCAAGACGAUCCAGUCCAUCGCCUUCCUGCAGGAGGUCUACAAGGGGGGCAUCCGGGGGCCCUUCCUCGUCAUCGCCCCCCUCUCCACCAUCACCAACUGGGAGAGGGAGUUCAACACCUGGACCGAGAUGAACACCAUCGUCUACCACGGCAGCCUCGCCUCGCGCCAGAUGAUCCAGCAGUACGAGAUGUACUGCAAGGACAGCAGGGGCCGUUUGAUCCCCGGGGCCUACAAGUUCGACGCGCUCAUCACGACGUUCGAGAUGAUCCUGUCGGAGUGCCCGGAGCUGCGCGAGAUCGAGUGGCGCUGCGUGGUCAUCGACGAGGCCCAUCGCCUCAAGAACCGCAACUGCAAGCUGCUCGACAGCCUCAAGCACAUGGACCUGGAGCACAAGGUGCUGCUGACGGGCACCCCGCUGCAGAACACGGUGGAGGAGCUCUUCAGCCUCCUGCACUUCCUGGAGCCCUCCCAGUUCCCAUCGGAAGCGGAAUUCCUCAAGGAUUUUGGGGACCUCAAGACCGAGGAGCAGGUCCAGAAGCUGCAGGCCAUCCUGAAGCCCAUGAUGCUGCGGCGCCUCAAGGAGGACGUGGAGAAGAACCUGGCCCCGAAGCAGGAGACCAUCAUCGAGGUGGAGCUCACCAACGUGCAGAAACGCUUCUACCGAGCCAUCCUGGAGAAGAACUUCUCCUUCCUGGCCAAGGGGGCCGGGCACACCAACAUGCCCAACCUGCUCAACACCAUGAUGGAGCUGCGCAAGUGCUGCAACCACCCCUAUCUCAUCAACG